AGGCGCACAUCUCAUGUGAACAAGGACAUGAUGAAUACACUUACUGGAACCAUCGCCGUAGAACACGGAAAACUGUUCUAUACGCACACUCCCGCAUAUCCUGCAGUCACCCAAAGACCCCCGUUGCUACUCAUCCAUGCAGGUGUUGCUGAUCACUCAAUGUGGGAGACGACUGUGGCUCACUUUAGCCAGAGAGGACACCAAGUCAUCACAUAUGACACUAGAGGGUACGGCCAAACCCGAAAUGAUACUACAGCUCCAGAAACUGCGUCAUACAGUAAUGUCGACGACGCGAUUGCAUUGCUAGAUCACCUUGGAGUGAACCAAGUUGUUGUCGUCGGUAACUCUCGCGGUGGAGCGAUUGCCUUAGAUAUCGCAUUACAGUUUCCUAAACGAGUAAUUGGGGUCGUCCAUAUUUGUGGUGGAGUGGGCGGGUUAGAAGGUCCAGAAUAUGAUGAGACUACCAGCGGAACGGACCUUGAGAAGGAGAUCUUCACCAAAAUCCUUCAGGUCUACAGUGAUAAGAAUUGGGAUGCGUUGGAGGACCUGUUUGCAUCUGCUUGGGCAGAUGGAGUUGGACAGCCUUUACGCAGAUCAGGACAUGUGCAUGACCGUGUCAAGCAAAUGGUCCAUGCCAAUUUGGCGGCUCAUGAAAAGAGCGGAGAAGCACUGGCUGUUAAACCCAGACAUCCGCAGCCGUCUGCAGCAGAGAGAAUUGAACAAUUGAUGUCUCCGCUGUUGGUGAUUGUUGGUGGGCUGGACACCUCUGCUACCAUUAGAACUGCGGAUUGGCUGGUCAGUAAAGUAGAAAAGGUUACAAGGGUGGACUUUCCGCAGUGUGCUCAUAUGGUUAGUUUGGAGGAGCCUGACAAGUUCCAUUGCGUUGUUGAGGAAUGGUUGGAAAACAAUGUUGGCUGUGUCAAGGCUAUAUGAAAUAAUCGGUUACUAUGUGAAUGCGAAGGACAUAGACUUGGAAACAAGCACGUCAUUCGUAACCCAUCAACUGACAUUGGGCUAGUAGCAACAGCCUUCUGUUUGUAACGACGCCUACUACGCAAGCCCAUAAGCCAAAGUCAACAAAUCCAAUUCUGUAUUCACAACCCUUUAUCUUAACGAGAACGAUGAAGCGAGGUACACUCGAAUCUCAAUGAUAUUGUGUUAUAGCACACAAUGGAAGUAGAAUCCAAGUGCCUUCCGAGAGAUAUACAAUUUCGCCACAUUUCAGUAGAGGGUUGAGUAGCGCCAUAUUAUAGGCAGUUUAUGUGCCCAUUAAAGAAUACAAGAUGAACCACAUUUUGGC